UAGGAGCUCCCAUUUUUCCGCUCUCCGCACAAUGAGACGCGAAACACACACUGAUGGACGGACGAACCGAUUCUCGGGGAUUCCAAAUUAAGAAAGUCGUAAGAAUUCUCUUCUGUCGGAGCUGCGUCCUUCUGAUCGGUUCCUUGUUCGAGUCGAAUUAACACACGGGGUCAUGUUCAUGCCAUCAGUUUUGAUGAUUCUGCCAUUCGUCUGCUUCAGUAACGGAUUGCCAAGGGUUAUAAAACUGGGUGGACUCUUCGAAACCGACGAAGAAGAACAAGAAACAGUAUUUGACAUAACAGUUAAAUGGAUAAACGAAGAUAGAUACUUUUUUCCGAGAUCGACUCUUGUUGCAUAUAAAGAAAGCCACGAAUCUGAUAAUAGUUUUGAAGUUUCCAAGAAAGUUUGCAAAUUAUUAAGCUUCGGGAUGGCUGGAAUCUUUGGACCACAAUCUCCAGCAUCAGCAGCCCAUGUCCAGUCCAUUACGGAUGCUCUGGAAGUGCCACAUAUCGAGACACGAUGGGAUUACAGACACAAAAGGGACCACUUAUCUAUUAACCUUUAUCCACCACCAUCGUUGCUUAAUCAGGCAUAUAUAGAUAUUGUGAAAAAAUGGGGAUGGCAGAGUUUCAUAAUUAUAUAUGAAGAAAAUGAAGGCAUCAUUAGAGUUCAAGACUUUUUGAAACAAUCUCCUUCAAACAACUGGAAAAUUCAAGUUCAUAAAUUCCUCCCGGAACAACCGUACAGAAAUUUAUUUCGACAGAUACGUGCAUCCUUUGCAAAGUGGCCAGAUAAAGAUAUUUGCAUUCUUUUAGACGUGUCCAAAAAACAGCUUUUCAAUGUUCUGAAACAGGCCCAGCAGGUGGAAAUGAUGACAGUAAGAAACAAAUAUAUUUUGACGUCUUUGGAUCUCCAUACUCUUGACUUAGAGGACUUUCAGUACAGCAGAGCCAACAUAACAGGAUUUAAAAUUGUGAAUACUGAAAGUGAGGUAUAUGAAGCACUUCUCUACGAAACGAAAGAUAGAAUGAGAUCAGUCGGAAUUAGCAAUUUAAAGGCAAUUUCUACGUCUUCGGCGAUGCUGUAUGAUGCUGUAAGGUUAUUUACUUUUGCGCUUGACGAUUUCAACAACGGGAAAAGAGUUGAAGAAUUUCCUCCCAUGUCAUGCGAUCAUAUUACGAAAGGUACUGAUGGUACGAGCCUUAUUAACUACAUGAAAUCGAAGUGGCUUAGAGGUUUGACGGGUCGUGUACGUUUUGACGGUCAAGGAUUUCGAUCGACUUUUGAUCUUGACGUAAUGCAGCUAACUACAAAGGGACUAAAAAAGAUUGGUUAUGUGCUUCCUGGACGUGAUGUAAAUAUCACAGAUGUGUUUGAAAUUGAAGAUAUUUCAGAGAAUCAAUUUGAACAUAAGAAGUACAUUAUUACAACUAUUCUGAACAAACCCUUUGCUAUGCUAAGAAAUUCACCUAGGCAACUGAGUGGAAAUGAUCGCUAUGAAGGUUUUACCAUUGACUUCAUUGAGGAGCUAUCCAAGCAGUUGCACUUCUCUUAUGAAAUCCGCGAAGUUGCAGACAAAAAAUACGGUGUGGAAGUCGACAAGCAAAAAGGAAUUUGGAAUGGAAUGAUUGGCGAAGUUCUUCAAGGGGUAGCUGAUAUGGCUGUCGCUGAUUUGACCAUAACUUCCACCAGGGAAAAAGUUCUGGAUUUUUCACUCCCGUUUAUGAACACAGGGAUCAGUAUUCUUUUCAAAAAACCCACUGAGAAAGUCAAGUCUCUUUUCUCCUUUCUUUCUCCUUUUUCAAGUGAAGUAUGGAUCUAUGUAGUGGCUGCCUUUUUGGGUGUAAGCUUUGUGCUGUUUUUAGUAGGAAGGCUCAGUCCAUAUGAGUGGGAAAACGUCAAUCCCUGUCGCCAAGACGAAAGAAUUCAAGAGAAUAGUUUUAACAUACUCAACAGCAUGUGGUUCACCAUUGCGUCUGUCAUGCAGCAAGGCUGUGAAGUGACACCCAGGUCUUCUUCGACGAGAACAGUGUCUAGUAUUUGGUAUUUCUUCACUUUAAUUAUGAUUUCAUCGUACACAGCAAAUCUUGCGGCAUUCCUAACCGUCGAGAAGGUUGUCUACCCCAUCGAAUCAGCUAAGGAUCUCUCUCAACAGACAAAAAUCAAGUACGGAUGCCUCGCAAGUGGUUCUACUAGAGCCUUCUUUGAGUCCUCUUCUAUUUCAACGUAUGAACGCAUGUGGAAGUUCAUGCAGAAGCACCCAGAAGUAUUAAUGGAAAGUAAUGAGAAGGGGAAGGAGAAAGUGUAUGCAGGAAAUUAUGCAUACCUGAUGGAAUCGGCUUCUAUCCAAUUUUUAACUGAGAGGGAAUGCAAUCUGACACAAAUUGGAGGCUUACUUGACCACAAAGGAUAUGGUAUAGCGACCAAAAAAGGUAAUAAGUCAUUGAGCGACUGGUUGACCGGAGGUAUCCUAAAAUUGCAGGAGAGUGGUGUCCUACACACCCUUAAAGAGCGUUGGUGGAAGCAAAAACGAGGAGGUGGGCAGUGUGUUGAGGUACAAUCUGGCACCGUCCGUGAACUUGGUCUUCGGAAUGUAGGCGGCGUUUUCGUAGUCUUGCUUAUUGGUAUUUUACUUGCAGCAGCAGUCGCAAGCCUCGAAUUUCUUUGGACAUACAGAAAGUACACUGCAUCUCAGGAAGAUAUUGGAAAACUGAUGAUGAAAGAUAUCAAAUUUGCUAUCACCUGUAGCAGUUCCGUUAAAGAAGCCCCUAGAUAUAAAAGGAAGAGAUUUGAAAAUAGUCGGUCUACGAUGUCUGACGUCACAGAAGUGAAAUCUGGAUAUUCCGAUUUAUCUACAAAAUGAUGUCACUCAAGUAUCAGAUAUCAUGAAUUUUGGGUCCAUUAUUAUACAAAAUAAUAUUUAUUAUAAAUAUAGCGCACACAAUUUUUUUAAAGAAAAUGUUAAAUUGAGCAUGAAGCAAUGGAAUUUAGCACUUGUAUGAAAUAUUUCCCUUUUCUAGAGCAUUAAAACUGUUUUUAGUUUAUAUAGAGAAGAGAAAUUUUGUCGUUCUAUUUUAAUAAAAUAAUCAUAUUUUCA